UAAGGGGGGCGUAUGCUGGAGGUUGUACGGUCUGGGCGGCUGGUGACGUACUAGUGUUUUUGUAGCUUUUUGGUGUUUUUCUUUAAUAUUAAUUUACAGCGCAAGGCGACAGCGACACAUGUAGCGGCGCCGCGUGCGAUACGAUGUCGGACGAAGAGGGACCGUCCACGUCCAGGGAGCGCGAGGACGAGGAGCACGAGAAAGAUCCGCCGUUCCUGCUGAAGUCGCCCCCUAAGCCUGCUGCAAAGAUAGAAGAAGUGGAUCCUGAGUAUGAAGAAAAAAGGAAAGCUGAUCGGGCAAACAGGUUUGAAUAUCUGUUGAAGCAGACGGAGCUCUUUGCACACUUCAUCCAGCCGGCCUCACAGAAGUCUCCCACAUCUCCCCUGAAAGUAAAGCUGGGCCGGCCCCGUGUGAAACAGGACGAGAAGCAAAAUCUGCUGUCUGUCGGAGACAACCGCCACCGACGCACAGAACAAGAGGAGGAUGAGGAGCUGUUGUCUGAAAGCAGGAGAGCUUCCAACAUUUUGGUUCGGUUCGAGGAGUCUCCAUCAUAUGUGAAAAAUGGGGCAUUGAGAGAUUACCAAAUCCGAGGUCUCAACUGGUUGAUAUCCCUUUAUGAGAAUGGCAUAAAUGGAAUUCUGGCUGACGAAAUGGGUUUAGGGAAGACACUGCAGACCAUUGCCUUGCUGGGGUACCUGAAACACUACAGAAACAUUCCUGGACCUCACAUGGUGCUCGUGCCCAAGUCCACGCUUCACAACUGGAUGAACGAGUUCAAGCGAUGGGUUCCGUCUCUGAAAGCGGUCUGCCUCAUUGGAGAUAAAGACGCACGAGCUGCCUUCAUCCGGGACGUCAUGAUGCCUGGAGAAUGGGAUGUUUGUGUUACAUCUUAUGAAAUGGUCAUAAGAGAGAAAUCGGUCUUCAAAAAGUUCAACUGGCGCUACUUGGUCAUAGAUGAAGCUCACAGGAUCAAAAAUGAAAAAUCCAAGUUAUCAGAAAUUGUGCGGGAGUUCAAGACCACCAAUCGCCUUUUGCUGACAGGAACGCCACUGCAGAACAACCUCCAUGAACUGUGGUCGCUUCUCAACUUUCUGUUACCUGAUGUCUUCAAUUCUGCAAACGACUUUGACUCAUGGUUUGACACCAACAACUGCCUGGGUGAUCAAAAGCUUGUGGAGCGUCUGCACGCGGUUCUGCGGCCAUUCCUGCUGCGCCGAAUAAAGGCAGAAGUGGAGAAAAGCUUGCCGCCUAAACAAGAGGUCAAAAUAUACCUGGGGCUCAGUAAAAUGCAAAGGGAAUGGUACACAAAAAUAUUGAUGAAGGACAUUGACAUUCUCAACUCUGCGGGGAAGAUGGACAAGAUGCGGCUGCUGAACAUCCUGAUGCAGCUGCGGAAAUGCUGCAACCACCCAUACCUGUUUGAUGGUGCUGAGCCGGGUCCCCCUUAUACUACUGACACCCACCUGGUUACCAACAGCGGCAAAAUGGUCGUCCUGGACAAGCUGCUCCCCAAAGUUCAGGAGCAAGGCUCCAGAGUCCUCAUCUUCAGUCAGAUGACCCGUGUCCUUGACAUCCUGGAAGAUUACUGCAUGUGGAGGGGCUAUGAGUACUGCCGACUUGAUGGGAAGACGCCGCAUGAAUUAAGAGAGCAAGCAAUAGAAGCAUACAACGCCCCCAGCAGCACCAAAUUUAUAUUCAUGCUCAGCACCCGGGCAGGGGGGCUUGGCAUAAACCUAGCAACGGCGGACGUUGUCAUCCUGUAUGACUCGGACUGGAACCCCCAAGUGGACCUACAGGCCAUGGACCGUGCCCACCGAAUUGGUCAGAAGAAACCAGUACGCGUGUUCCGCCUCAUCACGGAAAACACAGUUGAGGAGAGAAUCGUAGAGCGAGCGGAGAUGAAGCUACGGCUGGAUUCCAUUGUCAUACAGCAAGGGAGACUGAUCGACCAGCAGUCAAACAAACUGGCCAAGGAUGAGAUGCUGCAGAUGAUCCGCCACGGAGCCACGCAUGUUUUUGCCUCCAAAGACAGCGAGCUGACCGAUGAGGACAUCAACACCAUCCUGGAGAGGGGUGCAAAGAAGACGGCGGAGAUGAAUGAACGGCUGCAGAAACUUGGUGAGAAUUCCCUCAGAAACUUCACCGUGGACACGGGUAGCGGAGAAACCAGCCUGUACAACUUCGAAGGCGAGGACUAUAGAGAGAAACAAAAGCUCAGUAUGAUGGAGUGGAUUGAACCUCCUAAAAGAGAAAGGAAAGCUAAUUAUGCUGUGGAUGCUUAUUUCAGAGAGGCUCUAAGAGUCAGCGAACCCCGGGCACCAAAGGCCCCACGGCCCCCAAAGCAGCCCAACAUACAAGACUUCCAGUUCUUUCCGCCACGCUUAUUUGAGCUGCUGGAGAUGGAAAUCCUGCACUACAGGAAGACAAUUGGAUACAAGGUUCCCAGAAACCCAGACAUUCCCAACGCGGCCCAGGUGCAGAAGGAAGAGCAGAGGAAAAUCGACGAAGCAGAACCCUUGUCCCCAGAGGAGGCAGAAGAGAAGGAGAAACUCCUUACACAGGGCUUCACAAGCUGGAACAAGAGAGACUUCAACCAGUUCAUCAAAGCAAAUGAGAAAUAUGGCCGAGAUGACAUUGACAACAUCGCCCGGGAAGUGGAGGGAAAAACCCCAGAAGAGGUCAUUGAAUAUUCUGCUGUUUUUUGGGAGCGCUGCAAUGAGCUGCAGGAUAUCGAAAAGAUCAUGGCCCAGAUUGAACGUGGUGAGGCCCGCAUUCAAAGAAGAAUCAGUAUCAAGAAAGCCUUGGAUGUAAAGAUUGCUAGGUACAAGGCCCCUUUCCACCAGCUGAGGAUACAGUAUGGCACAAACAAAGGGAAGAACUACACAGAAGAGGAGGACCGGUUCCUCAUCUGCAUGCUCCACAAGAUGGGCUUUGACAAAGAGAAUGUGUACGAGGAGCUCCGGCAGUGUGUCCGAAACGCACCCCAGUUCAGAUUUGACUGGUUCAUCAAGUCCCGCACGGCCAUGGAACUCCAAAGACGAUGCAAUACUCUUAUCUCCCUCAUAGAGAAAGAGAAUAUGGAGAUUGAAGAGAAGGAACGCGCCGAGAAGAAGAAAAGGGCUCCCAAAUCGCAAAGCGUGCAUAAAAGAAAGGCAGAUGUACCAUCUGACCCAGCGGGGCGUAAAGAAAAAAAAGUCAAAACCUGAACGUCGUACCUUUCGCAUUUCCAGUGAACAUCCAGCAUUCAAGGCCUGGGGGAUUUUGAACUGCAUUUAUUAUAAAAGGCUGGUGCACAUUGUUGUUGAAGUGAUUUGCUUCUUACAGUAUAUUUCUUCAGUAUAAUCCCAUUUUCCUUCAUUCUGUCCUUCUGCAAAAGUUAAAUGCACUUUGAUACGCUACCGUUUUAGUAUGUUAAAAUGUCUUCGCUGUUUUAUGCACUUAGCAUGCAAAAUGAAGGGCUUUUCUAUGCUUGUGUUUUUACAAUAUUUUGAUGUAUGGAAAGAAAAAUGUUUUUAUGCUACAAGGCUGGAAGUUGCCAGGGGUACAUGGUUUGGUUUUCAUUGCUGAUUGUGAUAAACAGUAUAUUACCCAUUUCCUUGCACAUGUCUUUAGCACUUCCUUUUUUUUACGUUUUGUUGCAUUUAACAGAUCUCAAACCAAUCUGCAGAUUAGACAUUUUGAAGUCUAAAACAUCUUAUCAGUUGUGUACUUCAUUUCAUUUUG